CAUUCUCUUGUCUCCUUUCUGAUAUUAGGAGCACCAAGACAAUGACUGGAGGAAGAAAUAUUACUGAGAUCACCCAGUUCAAACUCCUGGGAUUCUCAGAUUUUCCCAGAAUCAUAGGAGUGCUCUUUGUUAUAUUUCUGCUAAUAUAUAUUACAAGUCUGACCUGGAACCUAUCCCUCAUUUUUUUAAUAAGGAUGGAUUCCCACCUCCACACACCCAUGUAUUUCUUCCUCAGUAAUCUGUCCUUCAUAGAUCUCUGCUACGUCACCUCCACAGUCCCCACGAUGCUCUCCAACUUCUUCCAGGAGCAACAGACCAUCAGCUUUGUAGGUUGCAUUGUUCAGUACUUCUUUUUUUCAGUCAUGGGACUCAGUGAAUCUUGUCUCAUGACAGCCAUGGCCUAUGACCGGUAUGCAGCUAUUUGUAAUCCACUGCUCUAUUCAUCAAUCAUGUCACGCACCCUCUGUGUUCAGAUGGUGCUGGGAACCUAUACAGCUGGAUUCACAGGCUCUUUAUCCCAAUUAUGUGUUUUGCUUCAGCUCCACUUCUGUGGGCCUAAUGUCAUCAGGCACUUCUUCUGUGACAUGCCCCAACUGUUAAAACUAUCUUGCACCAACACAUUCUUUGCACAAGUCCUGAUUGCUAUAUUAACAAUGUUGUUUGGGAUAGGAAAUGCUUUAAUUAUCUUGAUCUCCUAUGGCUAUAUUGUCAUGUCCAUCAUGAAGAUCACUUCAACUAAAGGUAGGUCCAAGGCAUUCAACACUUGUGUUUCUCACCUGACAGCUGUUUCCCUCUUUUAUACUUCCAGUAUCUUUGUCUAUUUGAGUUCCAGUUCUGGUGGCUCCUCCAGCUUUGACAGAUUUGCAUCAGUCUUCUACACUGUAGUGAUUCCCAUGCUGAAUCCUUUGAUUUACAGUCUGAGGAAUAAGGAAAUCAAAGAUGCCAUGAAGAGAUUGAAAAAUAAGACAGGCUACUUCUAA